AUGUUCUGGAAGUUCCCUGAAGAGGUGUACAAGAAACACUGCUCAACAACGCCACCAGCCAUGGACAAUUUGUGGAAGAAAGAUUCAAACGAAGCUGGAGCUUUUUAUGUUGACCUGUUUGCUUCCUAUAGCGGAGACAAACAAACAGAAGGGCUGAUCGAUGAGUUUGCUAAAAUAGUUGCAAUGGCAUGCAGCAAAGAUGAUGAAAUUUCAACGAUGUACCGUCAACGUGGAAACGAUUGUUUUCGAGUAAAAAAUUGGUCCGCAGCAAUGGAUUUGUAUAACCGAAGUUUGUGUUUUGCUGAAGUGAAAUCGGAAAAUAUUGCAUUGGCAUAUUCCAACAGAUCAGCUGCUUUUUUCCAAAUGCAAAAAUACGAAGAAGCACUAGUAGACAUUGAGCUGUCCAAACAGGCAAAUCUUCCCGAGCGCUUGAUGCCUAAGCUCGAACAACGACAGCGUGAAUGUCAAAAAUUGAUGGCUACAGUGCAAAAACCAAACAGACGAGAAUUCAAACUCAGCUACGAAGCGAACCAAAACUUUCCGUGCAUAGCCGAUGUGGUGGAGAUCAAAUACAAUCGAGAAUUCGGUCGACAUUUGGUUGCGAAGUGUGACAUCCCAGUUGGACAAAUCAUUUUGAUGGAAAGGGACUUCAUUGGAACUCGAGCCAACGACGAGAUUUUAUGUCGUACGUGCUUCCGGAAAAACAGAAAUUUCAUCGCUUGCCCUCAAUGCCCUGAUGCCGUAUUCUGUGACAUCGAGUGCAUGAACCGCAACAUCCUGCAUAAAUGGGAAUGUGGCUCAUCUCAGGCCCACUUAAAUCAUGAUGAUAGAUUCUACAUACAAUCGAUUUUCAUGGCCAUCGAAUGUUUUCCGGAUAUUGAAAGCCUCAUGGAAUUCGUUGAGAGUGCACUGCGUGAGGAUCCUGAAACCAUUCCGACAACAAUCCAUGACCUGAAGUCAAGCUAUCAUUUCUUCAUCAAACUAAAAACACACACAAAUAAUGACGAUGUGCCAUUGCCCUACGACUAUUACAAGUGCGUGACAAGUAUUCCUGAAAUAACGACCCUAUUUGAUUGCGAGAAGAAGAGGCGCUUUCUCAUGCAUUUGGUGACAUACCAUUUCUUUAUCACGCAGACUAAUGCGAUCCAUGAUGUUCGAAGCAAGUCUGUGAAUAACGUUUUUUCCAUGACAAAUCACUCUUGUGCACCGAACCUAACCAACUAUUGUAUUGGCGACCAGUGUAUCUGUGAAACGAUUCGAUUUGUAAAAGAGGGUGAACAGCUCUAUAUCAACUAUUUGGGCAAUGGUACAGAAAUAGCCGAAGAGAGGCGAAUGGAUUUGAAAUCUAGAUGGGAUUUUAAUUGCAAGUGUGAAAAAUGCGAACCAACCGACAAUAUUAACAACACCCAUUUGGUAUUUGAUCCACGCUUUCAAUUUGCAUUGGAAAAUUUGCCUGACGAACGAAAUUAUCCAGCGAUUUUGGAAAAAUGUCGACAAUUUUUGGACGAGCACGGGCAUUUGGCAUGGUCAAAGGAAAUUGGAUUGAUGACCCACACUUUUGCAUUUGUGGCUCAAGAACUUUAUAUUAAACCAUUACAAUAA